AUGUCUCUCGAUCCGCCAACCUACCUGGCAUCGCUGCAGAGCAACAUUCGCCAGCGCCCGAUUCCCUGGGACGGCGCCGUUCGAGCGGGCAGCCUCACGGAAGACCAAUAUGCCAAGAUCCGCGCCGUCGACAAGGCGAAGAAGCCCGAGCAGAGGAAGGAGAUUGUCACGGCAGACCUCGACGGAUAUCGACUGCUGUUUGUUGGCGGCAAUGGCAGCCCCAGCGUGUUGGAGAAGGCAGGAAAGAAUGCCAACCUUGUCCAGUAUAUCUUGGUACUGCUAGCGGACCUGCUCGAUGCCGUACCUUCGCUCGCCAAGGCACUCUUAAAAUCUCCUGAGCCGUACCAGCAUUUCUUACCACUGUUCCGCGCCCACUCCAACGAGGACCCAAUCCCGCUGCUUACCGCACACGCCUUGUCGAAUCUCAUGGCUCUGGCGCAGGAUGAUUCUAGAGCCACCGUCCUCUCGCUUCCUCUGAUCUUUACCUACCUGUCCGGCCUGGCACAGAGCUCCGAUGCAGGCUUGCAGGAUUUUGCCGUGCAAGAGUACUCGUCCUUGCUGUUCGGACACGUUCCCCGGGUACAUUUUUGGAAGCAGCACACCGAGACCGUCGCGCCACUCGUUAGCAUCCUCCGAGCUGCUGCCGGUGUUGGCAAUGGAGGCGACUCAUCAGCUAGUCUCUGGAGUGGCACUACCAGCACGCGCGGCUUUGAGGGCUCGUUGAGCGGAGGCGUUGGUCUGCAGCUUUUAUACCAUGUUCUCAUGGUCCUAUGGCAGCUAAGCUUUGAAUCAGAGGAUAUUGGAGAUGAGCUGAACGACGAAUACGAUAUUAUCCUUUUGUACACUCACCUUCUUCGACUAUCGCCCAAGGAAAAGACAACUCGGUUGAUCCUGUCUACUCUAUACAAUCUGCUCGAGAAGAAUCAGAAGACGCUUCUCCCUACUGCCGUUCUCGCCCGCCUGCCUGCACUGCUAGAGAAUCUAAGUGGCCGUCAUCUCACGGACCCUGACUUGCUUGAGGAUCUUCAGAGCUUGAAAGAAUUGCUCGAAGAAUACACCAAGACGAAGACGACGUUUGACGAAUACGUGGCUGAAGUCCAGUCUGGCCACCUCCGCUGGUCACCGCCUCACCGCAGCACCGUCUUCUGGGCAGAAAAUGCAAGAAAAAUUCUCGAGUAUCAGAAUGGCGAGAUCCCUCGCAAGCUGGCCGAAAUCAUGCAAAAGCCCUGGGAUAAUGAUAAGCAAGUUCUGGCUAUUGCAUGCAACGAUAUCGGCUGCCUUGUGAAGGAGGUCCCCGAGAAACGAUCACAACUGGAAAAGGUCGGCUUGAAGAGACGGAUCAUGGAGCUCAUGGCAUCAGACGACGAGAACGUUCGAUGGGAAAGUCUGCGCGCGUUGGGAGGCUGGCUAAAGUACACCUUUGAAACGAAGUAA